AUGACGACUCUUCGGCCGUUCGAUGUGAUGGAUCUCUUCAAAUUUAAUAAUGUCAACCUGGACAUCAACACGGAAACUGUAAAUUAGCUUUGAAGAUGGCAGUUGUAACCUUUAAAAUAUUUCAGUACGGCUUCAGCUUCUAUUUGCACUACAUGCUCAACUGGCCUGAGUAUUAUCAGGUGGCCGAGCAUCCGAACGGCGAAAUUAUGGGAUACAGUGAGUUUUUUUUUUGUAAAAUGACGCGCUGCUCGUCGAAAAAAAUUUAAAGUGUUGCCAAAUGUCUGACAUUUGAAUGUUUGUGUGUUUCAGUCAUGGGAAAGAUCGAAGGACGCGACACCGAUUGGCACGGGCACGUCACCGCCGUCUCCGUUGCUCCGAGCUACCGCCGUCUGGGUCUUGCCGCCUAUAUGAUGGACUUCUUGGAGGGAACUUCCGAAGCGUAAGGUAAAUUCCUUCUCAUCCAACCUCAUCGCUCUAUUUUAUAGGCGGAAUGCGUACUUUGUCGACUUGUUUGUUCGCCUUUCCAACAGAGUUGCCAUCGAAUUGUACACGAAACUUGGCUACGUCAUUUACCGCCAAAUCAUAGACUAUUACACAGGAGAACGAGAUGAAGACGCUUACGGUAACUAUUACUACAGUCUUAUUGUCGUAACCCCAGAAGGCAAAAUUGUAGAUAUGCGAAAAUCGUUGUCUCGCGAUCCGGAGAAGUCGGCGAUGAUCCCACUGCCUCAUCCUGUUCACAGUCGAGACUUGGACUGA